ACAUCUUGAAGCUUUCAUGAAAGCUAGGCCUUUUUCUUGCAAGCCGCUUCGUCGUAUCCAAAGGAAACAGCAGCGAUGCCGAUGAAAGUGUGAGCGAAAAUCGCAAUUUGCUGCAGAAAGCUCGCCAUGUCUUGCGACUAUGCAAGCGGGCUGUCCGAGUACGCCGACAAAGGCAUCUGCGGCCAGCCCGAGAAUUUCGACGAGCCGUCGCUGCUCGAAGACAAGAUCGCUCGACUCGCCGACUGGAUGCAGGCCUCCAAACACAUCGUAGUGAUCACCGGCGCUGGCAUCAGCACUUCGGCCGGGAUCCCCGACUUCCGCGGUCCGCGCGGAGUCUGGACCCUGGAGCAGCAGGGUGAGAAGCCGCAGGUCAACAUCUCGUUCGACGAUGCGGUACCGACGCCGACGCACAUGGCCCUGGUUGAGUUGGCGCGCAGCUCGCAACUUAAGUUCCUCGUCAGCCAAAACGUCGACGGCUUGCACCUGAAGUCGGGCUUCCCGCCGGAGAUCCUCACGGACCUGCACGGAAACAUGUUUCUAGACCGCUGCAACCAGUGCGGCCGGCAGUUCGUGAGGACCACGGCGACCAAGUCAGUCGGCCAGAAGCCCACCGGCGAAUCGUGCCCUGUUCCGAAGAAGAACGGCCGGCUGUGUCGCGGUCACUUGCACGAUUCCAUCCUGGACUGGGAGCACGAGCUUCCCGAGGACGGGAUCGAAGCUGCCGACCUGCAUUGCAGGGCCGCAGACCUUAUCCUCUGCCUCGGCUCGACGCUUCAAAUCGUGCCGUGCGGCGCGCUGCCCCUUUUGGCCAAGAAGACGGGAGGCAAGAUCGUCAUCUGCAACCUCCAGCCGACCAAGAUCGACAAAUCGGCCAACUUGAUCCUGCGCGCCUACGUCGACGACGUCAUGGAGAAACUGAUGAAGCGGCUGGGAAUCGCGAUACCGGCCUACUCUGCCGCGUGCGACCCAACCAAGAUCAAACGCGACGCCCCAAUGGAAUAUCCAAAGUUGAGACUGCCGGAUGCCAAGCCGCCUGCGCCUCGCAAGUACAAAAAGAAACCCCCGAAGAGAGAGACUACCUCGCCGGACGAUGCGACCAGCGCGGAAAGCGAUCAAAAAAGAACGUCGCCUGUCGUCCACCGACGCGACCGGUUGACAGACGACGUGCUAGAGAAUCUCACGUUUCUUGCAGCUUAGCGACAUCUCUUGUUAAUCGUGCAGGUGUCAAUUGUUUACGUGUACAUCGUGAUUGUGAUGUGAUAUGAGGUGGCGUUCGGGACCACCUCUUUUUAACUCCCCUCACGUGUUUAUGCUGCUCCAAACAAACGCCUAGUUUGUGACGUGCUCGUGUUAUCACUCAUACCUCGAUAUCUUCCACUUUGCGUGCAAUCUCUUGUGCAUCACAUCUAUUAUCGUUGUUUUGUCAAUACAUAUUAUCCAUGCUGCAUGCAUAGCUAAUGAUUUGUAAGCUUUUAUGCAUUCAUGAUAUUGAGUGAUGAAUUUUAUUUAAUUGCGUAAAGAAUGAAGCAGCGAAGCUGUUGUGUUGAUAUGGGCAUCUUCCCGUGAUUACACGAUUCUUGAUCACAGUAGCUAGUGCAACAUCUGUUUAUACACGUCUUUCACAGAUAAUGCUCUCGGAAUAGAAAAUGCUGCAGACCUUGCUGCACAAAUGUUUCAUUCGAAAGUAUGCACUCAGUGGUGAGGCGUUCAUGUAAAAUGCCUUUUGGACGAAUUGUACAGUUAAACAUAAUUUUCAUUUAAAUCCCCCACUCAUUCACCACUGCAUCUAGGGCAAACAAAACACUGAAACAAAGUGCAUUUCAGUGUCCUUUAUGGAUUCAUACAACACCUUCCAAGUUGACCUGCUCAGUCAUUUUGAGCAUUUUAGCUAAAUAUGAUGUGUGCUGCUUGAAAAGCAAGACCUUUUAUUUCUUGUUUUUAAUUGAAAUUAUUUGUGGGAAAUGUGCACUGUAAAUAGAUUUUUUAUUUUAUUAUGCUUUUUUCCAGUGUAUUUUGUUAGCACUUAUUUGCCCCUGUAAUAGCUUAUGGCAUUUAUGUGACCCAUUUAUGUCAAGGUAGUAUUUAUAGAUGUGCAUCUAUAAAUUUUCGUAUACUGGUCUUGGUUCAGUGAAUGACAGUCCAUAAUGCAGCAUCUGGCCAAGAGCAAAUGACCACCAAAGUCCACUGAAGUCCACUGAAACACUGCUUGUGAUGUGCUGGGAAAAAAAUAAGUGUUGCCAAGGGUCAAAUUAAGAACACCACAUGUUGGAGCAGAAAAAAUAACAAUGAAAAGAAAGCACUGCUUGUGAGAGGUUGCCCUAUUGAAUGAAGUGAUGCAUGUGGCCCACUUGCCGCGGCAACAGCUGAAGGGUUGAAUACCUUGACAAAUGUUUCCUUUGUCGACGCACUAUCCUGGACAGCUGGGCAUCCUUGUGGUGGCUGCUGCCUGAAAACUUGCAGCCCUUGUGAAGCAAUGCAUUUAUUCUGUACCCAUUGCGACCUGCUCUUUGCUUAUGAAGGAAUGGAAUCAUCGUGACCCAGUCCUAUGUCAUCUGACUCCAUGCUAUGCCUCCAAAUUUUCUAAUCUCGCACCACCUCAUCUAGCCAUUUAUCGUGCUCAACUGCGUCCUCCGUCCCGGCACCCAUUCUGCUACUGUAAUAGAUGCUGGUUCUAUGUACAACAUGACCUGCCUAAUCACUCCUUCAAUAAAGAAUUGCAUGUAGGCAAAGUUGCACUGCCUAGGGCUAACAGAACACACACAAAGAAUCAUGUGUGAAUGAUCAUGUGUUCUUUGUGAGUGUCCUGUUAGAACUAUGCAGUGCAUCCAUGAUGCCAUGCACCCAUGCGUGCACCCAUGUUUGCCUCUCUCAUCCAUGCUCCCAUAUUUUUGUUCUUCACCUUCAUGUUUAUCACUUUCCUGUUUCAUCGCCCAUAGUGCCAUCAUUAGCUUCCUUUAAAGUUCCUUAGUUAUAGCUUGCUAGGGCGGUGCAACACUCAGCAGUGACUGCAGUAAUGGCCUUAUGGCAGAGAAUUGGCCUCGUAUGUGGUAGGCACUGGGUUCAAAUACUGGCACCUCCGAAAACACACUGGCUUUUCUCAUGUGUAGAGGUGUCCCCUGGCCUGGUGCUUGGCUGCUUCUAGUGGUUCUCAUCUCAAAAAAGGUCCUUUAGAGAUCAUUUGGCGGGUCAUCUGGCAACCCUUCUCCAACCAUCCAACCUUGUAGUAGAGCAUUCACGAUGGGUGUGGGAUGCAGACUACAGAUUCUCCCGUACAUCGACCGACGGAAAGAGAAAGGCCACGGCGAUCAUCAUCAUCACACCGGUGAUGGUGUCGGGAACAUGGCGGUAAAAUAUGUACAGGCGAGCUCCCGACCAGGUGCUCGGUAAUCACCGGACCUCUGUGCUUGAAAUGGGGAAAAAAGCCGAAUUGCAUCUUGUUCUUGUUCAGGAGCCUUGGUCCAUGUCUCAACUCAAGGCCGGAACCCACUGCAGCUGUCAUGUUGCAGACAUAGUGUAGCAUCACAAUGUCGGCCUUGCAAACACGGAUCCUUGGAGUUUGAUCGCCAGCUGCCACCAUGUAUUCUUUUAUGUUGCUGAAUAAUCUUCAUUACGUGUGCAGGCAUCACAGGUUUUUGAUGUAGCCAGCCAUGCAACAUAUUCAUGUUAGAGUGUAGGACUCAUACUGCAUAUACACUGUCUGUUUCUUCUAAUGCAAUUAGCAUUCUUAGCAUUUCCCCCCCUUUGACUUGCUGCUGCUGUCCGGCCCUUGAAAUGUCACUCUUGCUCGCGAAUGUGCAAGAUCACCCGAUACAAAACACAACAGCUGCACAUUGCUCCCACUAUGACGCCUAACCAGAGGUGGGCUAGUGCCCCUUGCAAGAAGCACAAAAUGAACCCCUUCGUUGUGGGACCAAUCAGACUAAAAUUAAUACCCGAUGCGAAGAAACCCAGUACCUGUACAGAUCACAUUGGAAAUAUAUGCUUAGCACAAAUUAAGUAGAAUGGGCAAAAAAAAAAUGUACUGGCAGUCCUGUACAUUCCCCCAGGAGCCUCUGAAACACAAAAUGAAACUAAUUUAUUUAAGUUUAACUAGAUACACUUUAAACUGUCUUGCUUUACUAUGACAUCACCGUCGGUGAGAUGUUAAUGAUGAUAACAGGGAACUUCAAUGUCAGUGUAUCUAGACCCACAAAUGCUUGGUUUCCCCGAGGAUUGAGAGAAGCACUCGGUGUUGAAAGGGCCUUCAAAGACUUUGUGCCCAGAGCGUGAACGUGAGUGAUCAUCGACCAUGUGUUUGUUAGGGGACUUACUGACUUCAAAGCACUUAAAUACAGACCAUACUUCACCAUACAGACCCCUCAUGUGCAGUUGGUGAGGGUCCCAAAGCAAUGUAAAUCUGAGAAUGACCUCUACAGAUUGUAAACAAAGGUGUCUUCAGCAAUACAGUGUGUUGCUACAUUGCUUUAAAGCUCAUCGCAUUACUGUAAACAGUCAUCACGAGAUGGGUUCCACCAGAAUUUUUUGUUCUACAUGCUACAACCUACCAACCUGGUUGACUUCACUUUGUAGUCCCAUGACAUCCCGCUUUGUACUUACCAUAUAAAUAGAAUCAUGCACUGUACUUUCACAGUAAAUCAUUGUGAGAGGAAUAAACUGCAAAGUUGGCAA